AGAGAGGGAGAAAGGUUGGACAGUUUAGAGGAUAACAACAGUGAGAGAAGUAAAGAAAUGAGGGAGUUUGACGAGUAGGAACGAAACGGCAAAGGACAGAAAAAAAGACCACUGAAGGAGCCGUAAUAGUGAAAGGAGAAAGAGUCUCUGAGAGAGGACAGGAAGCAGCUAUCUCUCCAUCUCUUACGAGGGGUUGUAGGCGUCUAUGGGUCUGUCAGUCAAUCAGGAGGACAGGCGGACUCACACAUUCGCCGGCUCUGUUUCUCUUGCGCGCGCUCACGCUGAUGACUUUGCUGUGUGUGUGUCCACAGAUGGCCAACCUUGUGACAUCGCUGUGCUGUGUAGUUCUGGCCGCGGUGGUGGUAGCCUACGCUCAGAGACGCAGUCAGCUUGUUGCGAGGAACCAAUAUGAGCGAAUGGGCAGUGAUGUCACCAUGCAGUGCGGCUCCCUGGACAACGACGCGUCGGUGUCAUGGAAGGUGAACGGGACAGAUGUGAAGGCCCAGCAUCAUCUAGAGGGUCCCAGACUGAUGCUGACCGAAGUGGACCUGGGCCACAACGGACUCUACAGCUGCUUCCAGAACCCUCACGGGGAGAGGCGGGACACCAUCUACCUACACAUCGGCAUUCCCCCUCGGGAUCCCACAGUCACCUGUCGGUCCAACACCUACCCUAAAGGCUUCUACUGCAGCUGGCACCAGCUGCACCCCACCUACAUCCCCACCACCUUUGAAGUGGACGUACAACAUAACCAGCGUUCACUGGAUGUGCAGAAAGAUCCCGACCACAAGAACCGCUGCCGUGUACGUUUUCCUGAGGUCUUCUCCAGCUACCCGUACAAAGUAAACGUGACAGCAGUCAACGCCUUGGGAAAAGCCUCUACCACCAUUUCCUUUGAAGAGUCCAGUAUAGUCAAACCAGACCCGCCGGAGCGAGUGACGGCGACCCCGAUCCGUUUCAACGCCCGGAGGCUGGAGGUGUCCUGGCACAGCCCCGCCACCUGGCCUGACAUCGACAACUUCCCUCUGAAGUACUUCCUUCGAUACCGGCCACUCAUCCGAGAGCAGUGGCAGCAUGUUGAGCUAUCUGACAGCACCUCCCACACCAUCACCGAUGCCUAUGCUGGGAAGGAAUACAUCAUCCAGGUGGCCGCCAAGGACACAGAGAUUGGAACAUGGAGUGACUGGAGCGUUGCUGUCCAUGCUACACCCUGGAUUGAAGAUCCUCUGCCGAUCACUUCCACAACUGAAGUAGACUUUCCUACCGAGACUAAGACCUCCCCCAUACCGUCCUCCAACGCACCACAAAAGGCUGAACCUCCAGUGGGCAGAGCUGCCAGGCUCCUCACAUUUUUCUCUCCUUUGCUGUUAGGAAUGCUGCUGCUGUUCAUGUGAUGUAGAUGACUUAUUCCUGUGGGCAGUAGGAGGAAGAAGAGGAGGAGGAUGAUCUUUUUUCUAUUUUGCACAUGUUUUAAGGAUACAGUGCAUCGAUCAUUUCUGUCCAUCACACAGUUACUCACCGAGAUUACUUAGACAUGAAACCAGACGAUGAUAAUGCGGUUCAGCAUUUUUUAAUAAUGGUGACAUUAUUAUGGAGAAAUUCUUCAGAGGUACUUUUGAAAGCGCCAUCAUCAACAACAGAAGCAACAAGAGCAGCGACAACCACAACAGCAGCGAUAUCAGCAUAAACAGUCUUAUGUUUCCCCCUGGUGUUUUCCAUGGGCCACAGCAGACUUUGUUUGGCAGACAACAGAUGGUUUGGGAAUCUCCUCUUCAGAACAAGAAAAGCUUCAGAAUCCUCAUUACCUUUUUUGUUUUAGUUUUUUAUUGAUCUAUAGUCUUCAUUUUCACUUUCCUGAAAUUGCAGCAUCGUACAUACAAACGCACACAUAUAUAGAGCAUUUGUGUGUGUGCUUGUGUGUAUAGUCCCCGUAGCAGUGCCCAUACAGCUAAAUCAUCAUGCCAAAGACUCAACUUCACCCCCCCAACAAAAUGAUUCCCAAACAAUUCACUGAGCUUCCUGAAGCCUGUGUCUGCCUUCGUUGUGGGU